AAGUAGUAUCCAUAGAUGUGGCCCAUGCAAUUAGAGGCCCCUAUUAUGACAGCUUCGAAGAAGUUUCGUGCACGACGUGUCUAUUGAAUUCACAAAAUAGAACGUGUGAUUGAGAACGACGGUAGAAAGAAGCAGACAAGUAAACGAAACCAGAGCCGAAGACAAAUACAACAAGGACAAAAUAAAAAAAGUUCGUCUUCGAAAUUCCGAUCGAUCACCGGCGAAAUCUUUGAGUCAAUUCCGCCGAUAAAACAAUGGCAUCAGCUUUCAGCGGCGAUGAAACUGCCCCCUUCUUCGGUUUCCUCGGCGCCGCUGCAGCGCUCGUUUUCUCAUGCAUGGGAGCUGCUUAUGGAACGGCGAAGAGCGGUGUAGGAGUGGCGUCGAUGGGUGUAAUGAGGCCAGAGCUUGUGAUGAAGUCAAUUGUGCCUGUUGUUAUGGCUGGUGUGUUAGGUAUUUAUGGUUUGAUUAUUGCUGUCAUUAUUAGUACAGGGAUUAACCCUAAGACCAAAUCGUAUUACCUUUUUGAUGGAUAUGCGCACCUCUCAUCUGGUCUCGCUUGUGGUCUCGCUGGCCUUUCCGCUGGUAUGGCUAUUGGAAUUGUUGGUGAUGCUGGUGUUAGAGCAAAUGCACAACAACCGAAACUCUUUGUUGGUAUGAUCCUGAUUCUUAUUUUUGCCGAGGCGUUAGCUUUAUAUGGACUGAUUGUCGGCAUCAUCCUUUCUUCCCGUGCUGGCCAAUCUAGAGCAGAAUAGAAAAUGAUGUAUUUCCAUAUUUAUGAUGGAAUCUUUUUGCAUCACUGUGCUGGCAGUUUCAUAACCGAUGCUAGUUGUUAGGUGCAUCUUCUCCUUUCCUUUUCCUUUCCUUUUUCGUCACACAUUGUGUGUUCCACUGGUGAUUGUAGAUUUUGAAGCUGUCUUUUCCCUGUAUGCGACCAAGAGAACGUUCUCUCAAUUUUUCCAUUACUGUAAGUGCAAUGAUGAGGAGCAUCUUGUUGCUUGAAUGCUGAUACAGUUGUAUUAUUGUUGGAAUGUAUUGAUACACCCGAAUAUAUGAAAUCCACUUUGAUCAUUGCUAUAA